AGGAGUGUCUUACAGUCUUCUUCUAUCCAUUGCCAGCAACUCUUGCUGGCAGCGAAAACGUUUUUCACAUUUUUUUGAGGAUCAUGAGUCCCCAGACGACAUUGAGACAUAGUAAAGCCUUAGAGGGUUUGCAUGGGGUGCAAGUGUUUCCUCAUUCGCAAUCUGUGUUGGAGGAGAUUAACCAACUAGAGAACUUCCAAUCCAGUCAUGAUAAAUCAUUUAUUACAGCAAAUCAACCAAUAUUGAUACAAGUAUGGCAGCAGAGACCAGCUUGUUUAAGGCCUAUAAGAUGCUGUACGCAAGGUGACCAUAAUCUUGUAGAGACGGUCGCAAAUGUGUUGACAUCACUUCCCUUCAUAGUUCUUGGGAUCCAAACCCCUAGGAAAAAUUUUAAUACUACACUGUAUGCUAAUUCACUAAUUGGAGUGGGAGUUGCCUCUACAUUGUACCAUUCUUCCAGAGGAAAGCUGAGGAAAUACUUAAGGUGGGUCGACUAUACAAUGAUAGCCACUUCCACUGUGUGUCUAUCAAGAGCUAUUCGGAAUGAAAACCCGAAGUUACUGAUGGCAGCUUCGGCUUUGCUUCUACCUGUCCAGCCUCUGAUGGUUUCAGCUGUUCACACUGGGAUGAUGGAGGUUGCAUUUGCUAAAAGAGCCGUAAAUGAUCCAGAAUUAAGGAAAGCUCACGACAUGCAUAAGAUGUCAUCUCUAUUGGGGGCUGCUCUUUUCAUUGCCGAUGAUAUGUUUCCCGGGACGCCUUUCCUUCAUUCCGCAUGGCAUCUGGCAGCGGCAGUUGGUGCCGGCACCUGUAACAAGCUUCUCGAGUAGUGAAUAUCAUAUAGUCAACCCUAUAUCUUCCGUUGAUUCAUUUAUCUUGAGAGCCGGGGAAACGAAAUCGCAUUGUUUUCCAAGCACCAUCAGGG